AUCUCUCAACUCUCGCGAUAUUUGUUGCGCGUGCGCUGUGUCGCGCACGGAGGAGCUGAGUUGGAGGAUCAUGGCGGAUCGCAGGAGGCACAAGAAGAGGGUUCAGGAGGUCAGCGAGCCCUCCAAGGAGGAAAAGGCGGUGGCCAAGUACCUUCGCUUCAACUGUCCCACCAAGUCCACCAACAUGAUGGGCCACAGAGUCGACUACUUCAUAGCCUCCAAAGCGGUAGACUGUCUGCUGGACUCCAAGUGGGCCAAAGCCAAGAAGGGGGAGGAGGCGCUCUUCACCACCAGGGAGUCGGUGGUGAAUUACUGCAACAGACUUUUGAAGAUGCAGUUCUUCCACCGAGCUUUGAAAGUCAUGAAGAAAAAGACAGAGAAAGACGUCAAGAAGGAGAAGGAGAAGACCAAGAGCGACAGCGGCAAGGAGGAGGAGAAGAAGGGGAAGAAGGAGAAAGAGAAGAAGAAGGAGACAAAAGCAGCUGAAACCAAGAAGGAGAAAAGUGAUGACAGUCCAGGAACGCCCAAGAAGAAGAAGGAGGUGAAGAAGAAGUUUAAACUGGAGCUGCACGAAGAUCAGCUGUUUCUGGACGGAAAUGAGGUGUAUGUGUGGAUCUACGACCCGGUUCACUUCAAGACCUUCGCCAUGGGCCUGAUCCUGGUGAUCGCGGUGAUCGCCGCCACGCUUUUCCCGCUGUGGCCGGCAGAGAUGCGGGUGGGGGUGUACUACCUGAGCGUCGCCGCCGGCUGCUUCGUGGCGAGCAUCCUGCUGCUGGCUGUCGCCCGCUGCAUCCUCUUCCUCAUCAUCUGGCUGGUGACCGGCGGGCGCCACCACUUCUGGUUCCUCCCCAACCUGACGGCGGACGUGGGUUUCAUCGACUCGUUCCGGCCGCUCUACACCCACGAGUACAAAGGGCCGCGGCCUAAAGACAAGAAGGGCUCGGACAAAACGGACGAAAAGAGCGGCGCCGCCUCCACCAAAGCUCAGAGGUCAGACAGCGAGGAGAAGUCAGACAGCGAGAAGAAGGAUGCCGACGAUGAAGACGAGGAAGACGAAGAGGAGGAGAGUAAAGACGUGGGUCAAAAGGAGAGCAAAGAGGCGGAGGGGGGCGAGGAGGAGGCGGAGCGUCACUCCGACACAGACAGCGACCGGCGGGAGGACGAAGGCUCCCAACACAGCAACGGAAACGACUUUGAGAUGAUCACCAGGGAGGAGCUGGAGCAGCACACAGAGGAGGAGGAGGAGGAAGAGGAAGAGGAAGAGGAGGAGGAGGCUCCUGUCAGGAAAGAAGAGACUAAACCCUAGACUGCAGAAACAUAAACUUGUUCAGAUUCCAUCACUCUCUUCUUUCCUUCCUCCUGCUGUGACACCAGGACGUGUUAGUGUGGUUCUGAGUCUGCAGAGGCUCCGCCCCCUUUUCAAGAUCUUCCACUAAACUAUUCUGGAAUGGAAAACGAUGAAAGACUAACGGCAAUAAAAGUGUCUCAGAAAGAAG